GUCCUCAUUAUUUUAUUCUCAACGUCCAUCAACUGAAUUCAUCUCUCUCUCUCUCUCUCUCUCUCCAUAUUUUUCCUAAUAUUGUUUACAAUUUUAUCUAUCUGCACAUAUCUAUUCUGUUUCUCUCUGCAGCAAUCUCUCGCCGGAAAAUAUCCUUUACAACGACCACCUGACGAUCUUUCAUCACUUUUCCGACGAUUCUCUUCAUCGAUCACGGAUUUAUAGCAAAGGAUCUUCUUUUUGAGCAAUCGGUAUAGUAACAGUGUUGAAUUUGGGUUUCAUGAUAGCCUGUUAAAUGUGGGGAGUUACAUGAAAGGAGAUAUCAAUGUGGUCGAAUUUGGGCAGUUUAUAUGGAUGUAUGUGAAUCAGAACAAGCAUUACAGAAGCACUCGGUAGAGGAGACCCCAAGACCACCAUUGUUUCCGGCGGAGAAGAAUAAUGGAACCACCCGCCGGUCUCGAACGAGGGAAGUUAGUUCUAGGUAUAAGUCACCUAGUCUCUCGGUAUCUUCUGGUCCUAGGCGUUGCCCUUCCCCAAAUAUUACAAGAACAAGUACAUCAUCAUUGGUAUCAGUACCAAAGAGGGCUAUAUCGGCCGAGAGGAAAAGGCCCUCCACGCCACCAUCACCACCAAGUUCAUCCACACCUGUUCGUGAUGCGACCACAGAAGGGCAAUUGGAAUCCAGAAAGAUGAUUGGCAGUCGGUUACCAGAGGUUUUAUGGCCAGCCACAAUGCGGAGUCUCAGUGUAUCAUUUCAAUCUGAUACUUUCUCUCUCCCCAUUAGUAAGAGAGAAAAACCAGUUGGUAAUGCUCUUUCAGAUCGCACUUUGAAGCCAUCCUCCAAUGUAACUCAUAAACGGGGUGAAACAACACCUGUUUGUCGAAAGCCUACACCAGAAAGAAAGAGGAGUCCUUUAAAAGGAAAGAAUACCCAUGAUAAGUCUGAGAAUUCUACACCAGUUGAUGGCUUACAUGCUCGACUGAUAGAUCAGCAUAGAUGGCCAAGCAGAACAAGUGGGAAGAUAUCCUCCAGUGCUCUAAACCGAAGCAUGGAUCUCUCUGAUAAGUCAAGUAAAGCUUCAGCUUUACCGCAUCCGGGAAUUGGAAUAUCAUGCCUGAGGAGAAUGUCAUUGGAUGGUAUGACCAAACCUUUACAAAAGUCUGCCAGUGAUGCAGAGAGACUACUAUCAUCACUUAGUGGAAAUGCAAGGAUAGAGUUUGAAAGGUGUUCAGUUGAUGAUAAUGCACUGCGGGUACAAAAUCCACCUACUUCUUCAAAUGUAUUAGAAAGAACAGCAUCAGUGACUCCCUCAACCAGAUCUCAAAAUUUUCCUUGUCCUGGAUCACGCCCUCCAUCACCAAACAAGAAAUCAGUUACAUCAUCCUCUGCUUCUAGAGGAGUCAGUCCAGCUCGAGCAAGGGCCUUAAAUCCCACUCCUUCGAGAGGGCCCAGUCCAUCUCGGACAAGACCAUCCAGUCCUUCCAGGCAAUCCAACAAUUCAACUUCCGUCCUUAGUUUUAUUGUUGAUAUUCGAAAAGGGAAGGCGGCUGCAAGCCAUAUAGAGGAUGUUCAUCAGCUACGGCUGCUGUACAAUAGACACUGGCAAUGGCGAUAUGCUAAUGCCCAAGCAGAUACUGCCCUGUAUUUUCAGAAAGUAACAGCAGAGAAAACAUUAUGUAAUGUGUGGAGAACUACCUCAGAACAGUGGAAUUCAGUAACCAAGAAGAGAAUCGACCUCCAACAGCUGAGGCUGAAGCUGAAGCUGUACUCAGUUUUGAAUGAACAAAUGGCCUAUCUCAAUGAGUGGGCAUUAACUGAAAGGGAUCACACUAGCUCUUUAUCUCGUGCUAUCCAAGAUCUACAGGCAAGCACUAUCCGUCUUCCAGUCACUGGCGGGGCAAGGGCAGCUGUUUCCUCAACUGUUGAUGUGAUGAAGUCAAUUGGAUCCUCCAUAUGUUCUAUACUCUCACAAGUGGAGGGGAUGAACCACCUGAUUUCUGAACUUGCUGAUGUAGCUGCACAAGAGAGAGCCAUGCUUGAUGAAUGCUCGGCUAUUUUGUCUUCUACAGCAGCUAUGCAGGUUGAGGAAUACAGUCUUGGGACUCAUCUCGUACAGUUGAAAUCAGCUCAGAAGAGUGGUGAACUGACAACAUUUAGCAAUUAAAACGCCUCAAUUGCUGCUAGAUGCUACACUAACAAUCUUCCACUUCCCCACAUUAGCAAAGACAAAUCACACGGCCUUCUCUGGUGUCGAUGAGUGUAUAUUUUUUUCUUCUUAACAAUGGUGGGAAUUUGUAACUUGUUCAUUCCUUCUCUUUUUUUUUAUGUUUUUUUUCCUACUCCUCUUUCACCGGCAAAUAGCAGUUAGUACCAUCGUCGCUAUGUGUAAUUUUUUGCAUCAACAAAUAGGAAAUGAAAAGGAAGGAAAUGAUUAAAUUUUAAUGAAG